AUGGGUGCGCACUUGCCGUCGGCGAAGGCCAUGUGCCGCGGUCUACUCUAUGUUACGGUCUUUGCCCUCUUGUUUGAGGUUUGCCAGGCGCGAGGCAGAGAUCAUAAGAAGCGCGACAGUAGCUCUCAGGCUCUGACUACUCCGAUCACUCCGGAUGGGACUAUAUUCUCGCUGUCUGCUUCUGAGCGCAAAGGAGAACGGGUCGUCACUAGUGUCAUCACCACCUACAUCCUCGUCACCCUUCCUUGUGGCGUCUCGGAGCUCCCUUCUUCUCCCACUCACCAACCCAUCACUAUAUCUACUUUGAACAGCUCCGAAACCAAAAGAGGUACCAGGAACAGUCUUGCUCAACCUUGGAACACCACCGCUGUUAGCACUGAUGGCGCUUCUAGCCUUACCAACUGGAACAACACUGCUGGAGGCUCUAUUGUUUCAACUAGCAUCUUCAAUGGAAUCACUACGGCUAUUGGUGUUGGGGACUCGACUACUAUCUCUCCUCAGAACGGGUCCGCUACACGCUCUGGAGUCACAUCUAACUUCACAAAUGCAAACACCACCGUUGCAAGUCCCGUCAUCUCGGUUCCACUGACCAGCUCAUCAUCAAAGCUGGACCAGGACAGUCAGCUGACUGAAGGAAGUCAGUCGACCAGCAAGAAAAAUGAGCCCUCCACUUCCGCCGUGCAGGUAUCUUUGUCCGGAGGUGGUACAGCCCAGACCUCUCGUGUCACCACAUUCCCUGGUCAAGACAUGACCUCAACCACCAAUACUCAGUCCUUCGGAAUCUCAGGUAGCACCGAAGCUGCGGGAAAAAGCUCGUCUUUGUCUUUCACCACUGCAAAAGAUUCGACUACCACGGACUUGUCCCACACAAUCGCUUCAGGCACCUCUGACAUUGAUCGCGAUAUCCCAACUUCCUCUAUGCCCGUGUCCAUUUAUAGCGGCGUAAGCACUCAGAAACCAACUAUUCCAGCUACCACUAAGGGCGAUGACGAGGUAUCAUCUAAAGCUUCUGAGGAUUCUGAUCCCAACGAGAACAAGCCGACAAAGGCCCCAAAAGACGACGACGACAGAACGUCUACUAGGAAAAGCGAUGAUGAUAAUGGCAUCAAGUCAACUACUCGUACGGAGAGUAACGAAGAGAAGUCAACGAUGGCUUCUUCGAGCAUCACACAGCUCAGUGGUGCGUCGUCGACCAACAAAGCCUCAUCUACUGGACAGUCAGUGUCUCCGAUAUCAACUGCUGAGUCUGCAAGCAGUGGGACAACCGGCCCCAGCUCUACGUCCUCGUCAAGAUCGUCUGAGAGUGAAGAGUAUGGCACCGUCUUUAUGACUGCUACAAUAAAACCUCCCCCUGGUAUCGAUGUCAAGACCAUGGUCACCUGGACUUCCACUGAGGUAACGAAGACGACGACUCGAAAUGGCAUCGCCUGGCCCACCAUCUUUCCCGUGUGGUUCUGCGGUGGGGGACAGUUGCUCUGCGCGCCCAAGUGCCUCAUCCCCUUCCUCUCUUGCGGAGGCAUAGAUAUUCCUGGGCCUCUCGGAUUUCCUUGGGCUAAGCCUCCCCCAAAGAAGCCAAAGGGCAAGCCUCGCAAGGUCAGGCCUGAUGACCCUACUGACCCUGAGGACCCCGAGGAUGACCCGGAGCCCUCUGAGACCCCGACAUCCACUACAUCAUCCGAGACUUCCUGCACUGCAAGCACAACCGUCUCGCCUCAUUGUGAUCAGCACUGUUUUGUUCGCCCAGUAACAACAAUCGGUUCGUUGACAAGCUUUACGACCACGUGCAACACGGCCACCUGCAAGCCUACCGUUGUCUGCAGCAGGACACUUGACACUACCACAACGACUACUCUCACUACGCAACCCGCUACGCCGACCCCUGUGGAGCACUUCUGCGGCGACAAAGAAUCACCAUGUUUGAACUGUGGCAAGAGCUCACAAGGCAAAACCCUCGUCGCCCGUCAGCAUGGAUUCAUACCGUGGAACCCUGCCCCCGAUCCCGAACUUCUCAACGGCCCGCAAGGACUUACACGGCCCGAUACCUGGCCUCAGGGCCCCCAGAACUGGUGGGAUCGCAUGUGGAAGUAUGUUUACCACUAUUGUGAUGGGCUCACGGCUCCACGCCUUACCCUGGAUGGAGAGAAACUUGAGAUGGGUUACUCGACCAUGCAUGCCGAUGUCUUUGGAGACCAAGCGCUGGCUGGCGCCACUGGUCCGUUUUGGGGCUGUAGCGGUAUCAUAAUCAUUACCAAAAGAGGCAUCUACACUAGUCACGUAUGGGAAAUUCCCAAUUUCCACAAGGGAACCCACAAACCUACCGCUUUUGAUUGGGACGCCGAGUUCGAGGAAGGCCUCUUGCAGUUCUUGAAGCGAGGCUCCGGUGAUCGCAUUGGCGGCUACAAAGGUAUCGAGCAGCUCAAACGAGACACUCCGAUUUUUGACAACAUCGUGGAAGAUACACUAGCAGUCAUUUUACAUGUCCCUUCUGCGAUGACCUUUGCUGGUAGCUCGCAGAUCCCCCCGAACUAUGGCGAUUUUGACCCAAGACACGCUGGACUCGUCGACCAAUGGACAGACUUCAUUGCGAAAGAUCUCGGAUUCCCACGGGAGAAGAUCAGAAAGAACAUCUACGUCAAGGGACCCUCGUACUGGCCUGCCUACGUCGAGGAGAAGCGACCUCUGAACCCUAUGGACAUGUACCAACCCCCGUACGGCCUCUUGCAUUGGCAGUACCAUCCUUCUCACGUGGUCAAGACACUCCCCGACGGUACGGAGGUCCGUAAGCCUACUAUCCGCGUUUGGUAUGAGAAGUUCUUGGUGUUCGAGGAGUCGUGGUGCCUUCCAGGUGCCGUAGCAACUCGCGACAAGAACGGCAGCGGAUCGUGCCCAAUGCCUUCUGCCCCAGCGAGAGACUCAUCUGUGGCUUCUGGUGGUUCAGCAUCCGCUUCUGCUUCUGCCUCUAGUGGCUCAGGGUCAAUAAAUACCUCUGCGAUUAUUAUCCCAGGCUCCUCUGGCAACAGUAUCGGAUCCAACGGCGCCUCCACUAGCAUGUCCACGGCCUCACCACCAGUCAUCCUACCUAACACUUCUUCUCAACAGGCAGUGUUGUCAUCGUCCAAGGGCAAAGCUACAGCUUGGGUCACAGCCACCGCUGAAGUGACAGUCACCAGUUGGAAGGACCCAGCCCCAACUACAGUUGCGGAAAUCCCCAGUGUCAUGGAAGGCGGCCCGGUUAUAUCCAGGGUCCCGCUUAGUGAGGUAUCGAACCCCCUGCCAACCCCCAGCUACGCCCCUUCCAAGCGCAUCGUCCGGAUCUCCCAAGACAUGUCCUUUGGCGAUAACAAGACAAAUCACACGGCCGUCAUCACUGUCUAUGAGAUCUCCGGAAGUAAGGAGACAAUCCUUGUCAGCGAGCGCCUUAGCAAGGAUGGAGGUCCCGUUGAUCUGCCUAGCCGGAUUACGGUUGAGGACCAGUACGGUGGUAGUCUCGACGUCAACUUUGUGAGGCAGAUAUAUCAGAUUGAGUUCGAAUCCAAGAGACGUGGCAGAAUCCAGAAGUGGUCCUUGAUGAACAUCAAGGAUAAGAACAAUCUGGAUAAUUCUUAUUGCAAUGUUCGCAGUGUCACUCCAGGCGAGGGGGUUCUGAAGCGAUCCGUGGACUGCUUUUACAACACCUAA